AUGACUUGCUUCGAACAUUUAUGUAAUGCUCUAUUAUUCGAAGUGUUCGAUUAUUUAUCUUUCAACGAAAUAGUAAAAGGCUUUCUUGGUCUUAAGGAGCGUUUUAAUCAAGCUAUACGUAAUUAUCCCGCAUUGAUUGACGUAAGCAAAACGUCGGAGAACAUUCUACGGGAAAAAGGACCAUUUCAAUGUCGAACACUCACAAUGCAUAAUGAUGCUUCUGAGGAAUUCAUUUAUAACAUCGGUUCAUACAUCAACUUUCGAAGUCUUCGCGCAAUUGAUUUUCAGUAUAUUAAUCGAUACUCAGCACUAUCAAUACUCAAUGAACUGCCUAUGGAACGGCUGGAGUCUAUUGAAAUGAGUCGUUUGAGUGGAGAUGGCCAUGUAGGAAGUAUUCUACAGCGAAUCUGGUCAUUGAUUGCGGUUGCUGGUAGAAAUCAACUUGAAUAUUUGAAUGUACAAUUGGGACUAGUAUGUGAAGAUGAGGCACAACUUUUGUCCGAUUUACCUAGUGUCAAAAGAGCGACUCUCACGGAUGUGUCUGACAGCGAAUUAUUCAUGUUUUGUUGUCGUGCGUCGAAUCUGUGCUCAUUAGUGGUUUCUGCGACUUAUUUUACUUCAAAUAUCGACAUGUCUGAUUUGAAACUUUUCCAACUCACUCACUUGAGCUUAGCCAUUCAAAAGAGAUCGUCCGCGAAAUCUUUACACCAAUUUUUGUCCAAAUGUUCUAAUCUGACCGAUUUGGAACUCCGUUAUUGGUAUUCAAGAGUCGAUCAUGAAAUGCUCGACUGUGAAAGAUGGCAGAGUUUAAUCGAACAACAUCUCCAGCGUCUUUCGCACUUGAGUAUUCGGAUUUUGAGAUAUAUAUCCAUCGAACCGGAUACAUAUUACGAAGAUCGCUUCGAGAAAUCUGAGUUUUGGUCUGAAAAAGAACCGCUGUUCCAAAUCAAAUUUUUAGACGUCUGA